UCCGUCCAUUUUGGUCCGCGGAGGACGCCGUAGUUCCAUGUGAGUUUACGGCGUUCUACCGGGAGCUGAAUGAAGAAGGUAUGAGGAACAGAAAUGGCGGAGAGUUUCAGGACACAGUUUGAUUUCCCCAGCCCUGUGAUCCAAGCCCAGGCAGUGAGAAAUCUUGUUGCUGCUGUGCUGAAGGAAAAAGGCUCUGAUGGGCAAAUCAGUCAGUCCUCCACCCAGGGCCCAGCACUGGAGGCUCUGUGGCAGCAGUGCUGCAGCGACUGUGCUCUGGUGCGUUCAACCUGCUGUGAUGCCGUGGUGCUUUUAGUGGAUCAGGGCCAUGCAGACCUGCAGUUUAUCCUCAAUAGUGUGCUCAAUCUCCUGCCUUCUGCCAGAUAUGUCCAGGGUCUUAUAAAGGUCAUCGGAAGACUGCUGCAGAUGCAAGCUGACCAAAGACAGGAGGAAACAAACUUCACCUGUCCUUACUCUAUCAGGAGCUGUCCUCACCCAUACAUCACAGCACUGGAGAACCGAGCGGACUGUUGGCCAGUGCUGCUGCUGGAGAUUGAUAACUUUAUCUGUCAAGCUGCUGACAGGAAUAAAGCAUCUUACAUCACCAUGCUCGCUCCCUUCCUUCGGUACCUGUACUGUGAACCUCAGAGGCAGUCCCAGCAUGCCCUGCUUCGACAGAGUCUGCUCAGGGUGCUGCUUCCCACAAAGCCAGGGGCUGGAUGGACCCCCGAGAACAAGAACCAAGAGAAGACUACAGCAGUGUCCGACAGCCUGCUGCUCUGCCUUUGUCAGCUGGUUCCAUAUUUACAGGUGGACAGUGUGGAGGCAGUGCUGGAAAUGUGUGGAUUUGUGGACACUCUGCUUCAAAGUCUUAUUGGCGCCCCUGGAGAGCUCUGGACAUCUGAAAGACCCAGGCUGCUGGUGCAGCUGCUGUGUGCAUGUCACCAAUGCCUUAAGUUAAAUGGAGACUGCAGACGGCUCCUCAAUCUAAUACAGCAACUUCUGCCUGCAUGCAAGGUUUGGCCGGUGGAAGAGCUGAUGAUGGGUGUGGCCUUGCUUCUGCCUGAGGCCCCUGCAGCUCAGCAGAGCAGCCUGCUUAAACUUGCGCUGAGUUUAGCCCCUGAACAGGCCGAGCUGUCGCAUUGGCUGAGUCCAGUCCUGGUUCUUCCCUUGCUGCAGCUCCUCUCCUGCUCACGCCUCACCGAGCCACUGGCUGACCCAACGACGCACAGCUUGAACCAGAGUCUUGCCCAAAGCCUGUUGGACAGCAUCAGGAAACCCACAAGUAAAGCCCAACAGCCUAGCCCAACAUUGACCCUCCCUCUCAGUUCCUGGUAUGGUGAGCUAAGCGUGGCUUUGUCCAUAUUGCACAAAGUUGCCCUUGAUCCAUCUGCAGCCACUGAUUGGCUGGUGGCGGUUAACUCAGCCCUAACGUCCGGCCAGCGCCUGUCCUCAUCCCUUACACUUGUUGUGACUUACCUCCUCAUCACGACCACGGAGGAUAUCUGUCUGCUGGCUUUGAAAGCAAGUCAGGCCAUCGCUGCUGCUGAUCCCUGCCAGGUCUCCUCCCUUAUUCCUGUCCUGUUAUUCAAACUGUCGAAGGAAACUAAUCCAGGUUUGACUCAUGCUGUGCUUAACUGCCUGCCAAACCUUGGCACUCAUAAGCUUUGCGUCCCCAUGGUGCUGCAGACUCUCCACAUGCUGGCCAGCUCACCCAAGCUGAGAGCUGUUGCAAUGCGCCUGAUGACUGCUCUCUGGAAAAGACAGGACCGAGUCUACCCAGAACUGCAGCGUCUGCUGGGCCAGCAAGAUGCCAGAGUGAUAGUGGGGAAGGAGACUCAGUGGGAGCAGAUCCUGGCGAGGGCUGCCAGCCUCAGGGACAUCUGCAGAGAGAGGCCUUACCAGCACGGAGGUGACAUGCUAGCUGCCAUCAUACUCACUCUGAAGCAGUGCAACAGACCAGACCUGGCAACCCCUGCUGCUCUCUCCCUGCAAGGCUUACAGGAGCUGUGCAGAGCAGAGGUAGUGGACAUAAUCUCUACAUGGAGAAGUCUAGGAGCUGAGCUGAGUUGUGACUCCCGUCCACUGAUGAUUAAAGCCAUAGCUGAGCUGCUGUCAUUGGUUCCCCAGCUCGCUGUGAAGUCAGAGGAGUAUGAGAAACUGAAGGAUGAGGUGGUCAGCUUUCUCUGGAGUUAUGCUACAAGCCAGGACCCAGAGGUAUCCUGCUGUGGCUACAAAGCUUUGGCAGCUUUUCCUGAAGCAGUCCACACCAUUCUUCACCUCCCUGAGGCAGCCAGACCAGUUGUAAAGGUUUCUGAAAGUGAAGAUGGCGGUGAUGAAAAGGAUGAGGGAGAAGAGGAAGAAGAGAAAGAUCUCUCCAUCCCUGGACCGUCCUACAUGAAACUGAUGGCUCUCACUUCCAUCUCUGUUCUUUCAGCCUUUGAGAACUUCCUGACAUCGCUGGUGAAGCAGGAGAUGAGUCAGAUGCCACGAGGAGUGUAUUUCUCUGCUCUGAGGGGGUCUGGCCUGCGUUCUGACCACGGAAAAACUGUUGCAGGGAUCCCAUCAUUUAUUUUGAAGACCUACGAGAAAAACAAGCAGCCUGGCCUGAAGCCAGGACUAGCAGCUGGACUGCUGCUCUGCUACGAGCUCCCUGUGCAGGUAGAUCGCAACGGAAAGCCAAUGGACCGCUUCCUCGUCAGCCGGAGCCGCAGCUACCAGCAGACCCUGACUGCCCUCAUUCAUGAAGUGAACAUCCAGCCGUCUGAGUGGCACCGAGCUCUUCUGCUGCCCCAGGCGUGGAGGGGAUUCAUGAGCCGAGCUUUCCAUGCUGUCCUGCAGGGCCGACGUGCUGAUUUGGAAAUGCAGCAGAAACAAGGCAAUGAGGAGCCACAGGAGCUGCAGUACAAACAGCACUGUGCCUGGCUGUGGACUAGAGAUCAGCUGACAGAUGUUCUCAAAACUGCUACAAAGGACAGUCCUGUUGUCCAGGGAAACUCUAUCCUUGCUCUGAGUGGCCUGGCUGCUGUCGUCGCCAAGUAUGAGAGUAAUCUCCCCACCGACAGUAGCGGCAGCCUCGGGGCUGGCCCAGAGUUUGUUCCUACUGCUAGUUGGUUAUCCAUGGUACUUGAUACCUUGCUCAGCAUCAUCAGCAGCAGCUACAAGGCCAGGGGACAAGUGUUUCCAUGGUUCCUGCACCGAUCAUACUCUGGUGAGAACACAGCGAGUGCCAUCGCUCGCUCCUGUGCCAGCCUGGCCUUGUCCCUGCUUGUCCCAGUCCUGGUAGUGUGGCAAAAGGACAGCCUGGUCCCGGUUCUGUCUGUUUUGCAAGCUGGCUUGCCGGGCUUGCCUUCUGCAGAUGACUCCCAGGCCGUCCAGUUCCACUCAGGCCUUGCUCUCGGCAUGGUUCUAUCCAGUCUGCACCACCAGUGCCUCAGUGAUAGCUCUGUCCAGGAGGACACUCAUCUCCUGUCCAACCAUCUAGACGCUCUGGAAAGUUGCUGCUUCAACCCCAACCUGGAAUACAACACCGGCUGUGUAUUGGGUGUGGGGCUUGUGCUCUCAGCCCUCUGUAGUAGGGGACAGGUGGACCAGCAGGUUCACGUCAGCAGAAUCCUUGAUAAGCUACUGGCCAACCUGCAGGACAGCAGUGGGCAGGGACGCAUGCUGCAGGAGGUCCUGUCUUACUCUGUGGCCUGUGUGAGCGUCUCAGCCUUCAGUGGAGGUCUGAUUGAUGCUGCCAAGGCUGAGGAGGUCCUGAACACUCUGCGCACCCUGACUGAGGAGAGCCAGCAGACUCCAGGCUUCUCAUUGGCUCUCGGACUGGUUGUCCAUGGGCUAUCUGUGUCCGGGCAUGGUAAAGCAGAGGACAUCCACCCUCGUCUGCUGGCUGCUUGGGUUAAAAUCCUACUGGCCGAGGGUUGUCCCACAAUGCAGCGACUGGCUGCUGCUAACGGGCUGGUGGCCUUAGUGGGAUCAGAGAACUGUCUGAUUCAGCUGCAGAGUGAGGUGGAGCAUUCUUCCCAGCAGCAGAGCAGACUCAAUGAAGUCAUCCGUGCCGUCACACAGAUCAUAACCUUUUCUGGAGCCAUUGGUCUGCAGUCCAACAGCGCCUGUCUAAUUGGGCAUCUGCACCUGGCCCACAUGUCCACUAGUCACAGUCACACAGCUGUUCCUCAAGACUUCAGUUACCUCCCAGAGAAAAGUGUAAUCCGAUCAAUAACUGACUUCAUUACAGAAGCUGGAAAAAAAGGUCCAGAGUUUUCCCAUCCGUCUCUGGUUAGGACCGCUCUGUCCGCCUUGGCAUCUGUAGGAGCUAGUUUCCAGUAUCCCCCAGUUAACUGGAGUGCUGUCCUGUCCCCGCUGAUGAGACUGAGCUUCGGAGAAGAUAUCCAGCACCAGUGUGUGGUACUGGCAGCAUCCCAAGCUCAGUCUUCCAAAAGUGCUUCCCUCUUCCUGGGCUCCUGGCUGUCACCACCUCUUGUUCACAGCCUCAGUCACCGCACUCGAACCCACCUCUACGAGACCCUCGGCAUGUGGAUGAAGCAUGUGGCGGAGGACAAGCUUCAGGUCUAUGUGCAGAGCCUGGGCCUGCAGCAGUUCCAGGAUGAUGUCCGAGCACAUAGACUGUCCCUGUGUCAGUCGCUGCUGCAGGGCCUCGCUCAAGCCAUGGUGCUUCCCAAUCCCCCCAACCACUGCUGGACCAUCCUCUGCUCCACUGCAGAGAAGAUCUUCAGCCUCCUCCCCAGUCAAAUCCAGGAUGCUGAAGUGGAUUUGUACGUGGGCAUCGCCAAGUGUCUGUCUGAGAUGUCUGACACAGAGAUCGACAGGAUUGUUCAGGUUUCACAGGCUCAGAUGGAAAAGAGCUGUUUUGUCCUGGCGUACCUGACCUCUCAGGGCAGAGUUCCCCUCCUCAGCCUCAAUGAUGUAAUCGCCGGGGUACUGCGAGGUUGGCCAAGCUGCAGAGUGGGCUGGAUCCUCUUGCAGACUUUUUACCAGUGCCGCCUGGCUGCCAGCGCCAAUACAGGUGUUUCCAGGCGAAUGGAGUGGCUGCUGGAGCUGAUGGGACACAUCCGGAACAUUGGCUACGGUGCAACGUCCGUCACCUGUGGAGAAACCAAACUGGCCACAGACUUCCUGUUCCAGCUCUUUGCUGCUGCUGUCAUCUCCUGGAGUGACCACUUCAUGCCCCUCCUCUUUGGCAUCAGGCCCCAGUGGUUCCCAUGGCAACCUGACUCCAAGCCUCCAAUGUUAACACACAGUUUAUACGCCGCAGUUUCACUCACUGACCUCGCUCUGCCGCAGUGCUUGCUGGGAGUAUCCCACAGCCUGCCUCUGCUGCUGGGCAAAGAGCCAUGGAGCAGCCAGACACACAAGUUUAUAGACUGGCUUCUAAACAUAGCAGAAGGGCCUAAAGAGAAUCUUUCAUCCAUCACCAUCAGCACAGCCAAAGCUGCUCUGGUAUGUCUGAAAGGUUCUACUGAGUUCAGGAAGAAGGCCGUGUGGACCAGAGCUUACGGCUGGUAGCUCGGAAGAACCGUGGCGUGCUGUUACCAUGGUAACACUUGUACAAAGAAAAAAAAAUCAUCUGUCCUACUUGGUGAAAGGAACUUGUGGAGAAACAUUGUCUUCAUUAAAACUGCUUCAGAAAAUGUU